ACUUAUUUUUCAGCCAGAAAUCUCUCUAUAAAGAGGAGAAGCAUCGUUAAUUUCCUCAAAUAUUCCCUCCCCUUUCUGGCUUUCACUGCCAUCACCCCACUGUUUUAAAAAGCCUCAAAACAUCUGUAUGAUCGCCAAACUUCCAAGCUUCUCGUUUUUGGGCACACAAUGGAGACAGAGAAGAACCAGAAAUUACCAGUCUUGAACCAGAAACGUCCGGCAAUGACCAAGAAAGGAGCUUACGCUGCCAUUUCGUAUAUGGCCUCCGCAGUUCUCUUGAUAAUGUUCAACAAAGCAGCCCUUUCUUCAUACAAUUUCCAAUCUGCAAAUGUCAUCACUCUUUUUCAGAUGGUAUCGUCAUGUGCAUUGCUGUAUGCACUGAAAUACGGGAAGAUUAUUUCUUUCACGGUCGAGCCACAUAGCACUACGAACAAUCCAGUUACCCUUGUACCAUUGAAGACGUUGGUACACACUCUUCCUCUCGCGAUGUCUUACUUGCUGUACAUGUUGGUUACAAUGGAAUCAGUCCGUGGUAUAAAUGUUCCCAUGUACACCACCCUUAGACGAACCAGUAUAGCUUUUACAAUGGUCGUUGAGUAUAUUUUGACUGGGCAGAAACAUUCAUAUCGUGUUUUGGGCAGUGUGGGGAUAAUUAUACUGGGUGCAUUUAUUGCUGGAGCUCGGGAUCUAUCAUUUGAUGCCUAUGGCUAUGCUGUUGUCUUUGUUGCAAACAUCUCUACAGCAAUAUAUCUUGCUUCUAUAGCUCAUAUUGGUAAAUCAAGUGGUCUUAGUACGUUUGGCUUAAUGUGGUGCAAUGGAAUAAUAUGUGGACCAGUCUUGCUGUUUUGGACAUCAAUCAGAGGUGAUCUAACAGGGAUGAUGAACUUCUCACAUAUAUUCUCCCCUGGUUUUCAGGCCGUGAUGCUUCUUUCCUGUGUUAUGGCUUUUUCAAUAAAUUAUUGCGUGUUUUGGAAUACAACCCUCAAUUCAGCUCUCACACAGACAAUUUGUGGUAAUCUGAAGGAUCUUCUGACUAUUGGACUUGGCUGGUUGCUAUUUGGAGGACUUCCAUUUGAUUUGUUAAAUGUUGCUGGCCAAUCUCUUGGUUUUCUCGGGUCCUGCUUGUAUGCUUACUGUAAACUCAGAGGGAAAUAAGUGGCUGCGUAAGGUUCUUCCUUCAUCGAGGAGGUAAAUGCUCCAGUGACUGGGAAUGCAUGACUUGCGGCAUCCGCUGUCAAAUUUUGAUUUGUAAUAUCUGAUACUUGACGAAAUAAAUAAAUGCUGUUUUGCUAAAGAUGUAUCAUAAUGCAGUUCAUCUUUGAAAACUUCAGAUCUCACCAACUAGGUCAACUCAUUUGGUACCUUUCCUUUAAGUUUACAAUAUUAUUGAGUACUAUGAACUCUCUUCCCUUGCUUCAAUAAUUUCAG